AUGCCUUUUCCCUGCUGCCCUGUCCUGCAUCCGCAAACCAGAUUGCUGCUCCAUCAUCACAGCAUCAUCUUGUCGGCGCCUUCACUACCGGACCUGGCCCAGCUGUUGGACCUCCCACCGCAGCAGCUGGCCCCUGCAUUGGACGAGCUGGUCGCUGCAAAUUCGGACGCCGUACAGGGCGCGGGCACAGACGCAGCGUGGCGGCAGCGCUGGAAGCCGGCAGCUGGAAGCCCCGCAGCUGCUCUGGCCGCCGGCGGUGGCGGUACUGGCUGCGGCUCUGUCAGCCCCGGCGAAACGCUCCUUCUGUUCCACACCAGCGGCUGGCUCUCCUACAACGCACGGCGCCGGGGACUGGCCGGGCCGCAGCGGCCGGAUUCACACGAGCAGCAACAGCAACAGCAGCACACUCGGCUGCGGCGUUACGAGGAUUACGGUCCCGGCGUUGCUCCUGACGGGGCGCCGCAGCCGGAAGUGCGGGGAGAGGAAAGAGCAGCGGCAGGCGCGGGUCGCUCAGAACCGGGGACUGGAGCGACAGGCGUUGGUUUCGGAGCCACAGCCGUAGUUGGGAUGGAGGUCGAGGCUGGCUGCUUUGGGCUAGAUGUUCACAAGGUUACGGAACAUGGCACAGAUGUUAAUCUCCUAGCCAUAGGGCCCGAUGCCGGGCGUGAUUGCCGGUACACCUGGCAUCCGGGUUUACAUCCCGAUUCAUGGAACGAGGGCUGGAGCCCGAUGGCAGGACACCGCGUCGUGGUGGAGGCGCUGGCUGUGGAGGCGGUGGACAGUACGGGUGACGACGCCGCGGUGCCGCCGCCGCCGCCGCCGCCGCCAGGGGAAACUUAUCCACGGUCUUUCAGCACGCAGCCGGCCGUGGCGCUGGCGCAGCUGUACGGCAGCUGCCGCACACUGACCGCCGUCGUGAGUCGAGGUGCCGGCGCCGCUGCCGCCACCACCGCGAUCUCGGCUCCUGGCAGCAAGGCGGGGCCACGGCUUACCCGGAUAGAGUACGACAUGUACGACACGCCUGGUUCGCACCUGCAGCGGCACCCGCUCGUAGGCUCCUCCCUGGACCGACUGCUGUUCAUCCGCCUCGCUGCGGACAUGCGGCCGCAGCGUCGCCGGGCGGGCUACGCGGCGGUGCCGUCAGCGCAGCGGCGGCGGCAGCCGGUUCCCGACGGCGCCGCCGGGGCUCAUGCAGCGGCCUUCAGCGCACAACCAGCAACGGCAACUAGCCUGACGCGCCGCGAGGGGGUCGGUGGUGAUGGUGGCGACGGCGGCGGCAGCUGCGGGGAACACGGCGACUCGCUGGUGAAGCUGCUGACGGAGGGUUUGGUGGUGGCGGGCAGGCGCUACCGCCCACUGGUCGCCAAAGACGCAGGGAAAGUUGGCGAGAAGAUCUGCUUCUUCGCACAGGAUACCCUGUCGUAUGAUGAUGUACGACACGGGUUUCGGAGCCUGGGACCGCCGUCAGCGGUCCGGCGACUGCUGGCGGACGUGGACACGGCGGCGGCAGCGGCACGUGCGGCCACCGCUGCUUUUGGUGCCAACGGCGGGGAGGAGGAGUUAGCGGUGGAUGCCGCUGCGGCGGCGGCGGCCAAAGCCGCCAGCCGCCCAGAGCUCUUCCUGAGCGGCACUUGGCCUAUGGUCGUGGACGCCUCAGCCAUUUCGUACACGGAAGACGUUGCGUCGCACAUAGGCGCUGUGAUGACCGACGGCAACGGCCUGAUCUGCGCGCGUCUUGCGAGGACAGUGCCGUACAUAUUCCAGGGCCUGCGGUCGUCACAGGAGCUGCUGCUGCCGCCACCGUCGCCAGCUGCAUGCAAAGGCCCGGAACCUGGGCUUGACGCCGUAACUAAAGCGCCCAGGGCCGCAACCUUCGAUAGCAACGGUGCCGCACCCGCCGCCGCCAGUGCCCUGGCACCAGUGGCGCCGGCGCCAAUGGUGGACUCAGCCGUCCAGCUGCGAGUGUAUGACCCGCGGGUCGGCGCCGUCAUCAAGGGCACCUUCACGCCUGUGGUUUCGGGGCUUCCCCCGGGUGUAUCGCUGCUGGUCCGGGCCUCACAGGUCAAGGCGCCCCACUGGCACAAGCUGCAAGCGGCACUGCCCCGGCUGCCGCCGCCUCCAUCUGCUCCCGCCCACCCUCCUCCCCUUCCACCAAGCCCUGGGGGCCCCCCAGAGCUGAAGCAGCUCUUCUCCCCGUUGCCCCUGGGCGCCCCUGGAGCCAUCGUCGAGUCGGCAGCCGGGAACGGGGCCGGCAGGCGAGGCAGGGUGGAGGGGUCUGACGGGGUGCUGCUGCUAGCGCCGCGAAGCCAGUCACCCGGCGUCGCCACCGCCGCGCAUGUACGGGCCGCGAUGGAGGUCGUACGGAAGGUGCCGGCUCGCAGCGGCGCUGUCGCGCACCUCAACGGGCCGUUGCUGCUGCUGUUGAGUGCGUGUUGUGUGGGCGCUGGGUCACUUCUGGAUGUGUUGAAGGACGAGCUGCGGAAGUCCUGUGCCGAACGCGCCUGGCGGCAGUUGUGGGAUCUGCGGCUGCCGCUGCCCUGCAGCGCCUCCGUGAUGGGUCUGCCCGACCCCAGUGGCAGCGUCCCGGAGGGAUGUGUGGUGGUACUCCCGGCACUGCCGGAGCUGGACAGCUGUCAGGGCGCCAACCCGGGUUCAAAUCACGGCGGGAGCGAUAUGGCCGAACUGGCAGCGGCUACAUCGUCGCCGGAGCGUAUUCGGGGACCGGGGCAAACAGGCGAGCGGGAGGUGGUAAUCUACAGAUUCCCCGGGCUGCAUCCACGGGACUUGCGGAAGUUCCGUCUCAGCGCCCCGCCGCCCGAGCUGCUCUCCCAGCUGGGCCUUACGUCGCGGCCGCCGCCGCCACCGCUAACAACAACAACAACAACCCUAAGAGAUAGCGACACCGCUCAGGCCAGCGGCGGCGGCGGCGGCGGCGGCGCCUCCCAUAGUGCCUGUCGCGACGGCGGCAACACGGUCUACAAUGCGGGUGUCGGCAGCAGCAAUGGCGGCGGACGGCUGCUGUUCUUCUCCACGGCCGGGUCGCGGGCCCCGGCGAGCGGCCUGUCCGGCGGCGAUUACGACGGAGACCAUUACACCAUCAUCUGGGACGAGCGGGUGGUGAGUCAGUUUGAGGAGUAUCCGCCGGACGAGGAGGAGGAGGCGGAGGCGGAGCUGGGACGCCACCACACGGCACCGACCCGCGGCGGCAGCGGGAUUGCCGCAUGCGGGGUCGCAGCUGGCGGCAACCGCCGCAGCAGCGGUGGUCGCUUCGAGAGGCCCUCCUCCUCCUCAUCAUCAUCAUCCUCAUCCUCAUCAUCAUCAUCAUCAUCAUCAUCAUCAUCAUCCAGCAGUGGGGAGCCCUUCUCGGCGGAGCGAGUGGUUCUAGAGCCGCCGGCGGCCACCACCACCUUGAGACCGCCGUCAGUGACGCCGUUCCCCUGGGGCAGCAUGGCGCUGGCGGCGGCAACGGCGGCGCCAGCGGAGGCGGUCGGAGUAGUUGUGGAGCGGGAGAAGGAGGGGGAGGAAGGAAAGCCAGGGAAGCGAACGGAGGCGGCCACAGCGGCGGCCCUGAAGGCGGUGGAGGCGGCGGAGGAGGAGGACGAGGCGGCGGAGGCGGAGUACCUCACGCGACGGUACCUGUUCUGUCACGAGGCGGCGAGUGUGGUGACGGAGGCGUAUCGCCUGUGGGGAUGGUGCGCGGAUGAGUACGGUGCGGACCAUCCGUACAGCCUCAUGCUAUGCAGCCUCUACAACGAGGCCCUGGACGCGCCCAAGAGCGGCACCUUCCGCCGGGUGCCGUACGCUUUGCGCGACAAGUGCGCCUCCGUUGCAAGACUCCUGGGUGGGAUGACGGCCGUGCCGAAAAACAUGGGAGCAGCGGGAGGCGCUGAGUCGCGGAUGGCAGCGGCAGUGGGGCCGGCAGCUGCAACAGGGCCUGCCGCAGGCCGCCACCGGCGGCACCUAGAGAGACGCAGCCAAGAGCACCGGUGGCGGCACCAGGGCGUCGGCGGCGGCAGCGGCAAUGGCCCGUGUAUCAGUGGCAGCCAGCUGGCAGCGGCGGCGCCGGCGCAGAGAAGGCCCAUGGAGAACGGAGGAGCCGGUGGCGGCCUGAUACGGGAGGGGAGGCUGGGGCCUGACGGCUUUGCAGGCCCCCUGAUGUGGUCGGAGGACAGCCCUGACGGGGCGACGGCCGCCUGCGAGGGGGAGGCCGCGGCGCAUGGCGAGGCCGCGGCGCUAUUCCUGGAGCCGAGGAUCCCCGCGGGGCUGUCCGGCUGGUGGCAGCAGCGGCUCCUACAGAGAAAGGAAUAUCGCCUGCCCCAGUUGGAUCCAUGGGUCCUGGUGUACGACCUGCCGACAGUACGGCUCGCCGAUACGGCACUAGCGACCCACGGGUCGAUAGUCCGCAGCCGCUUACGAACUCACUGGGCCGAGGCGUCACGCGAGUGGGAACAGCUCAGUCGGGUUGUGCAGCGUGCUCGGGACCCUGACCCCUCGCUCAUGUACCAGCAUCAGCCACAACGCCGCCGCAGUUCCGCCUCCAUUGCCACCGCCCGCAUCCUGAGCCGUGUCCUGGGGCAAGCCCACCGAAUUAUGACGGCCAGGGAGGUGGCGGCGGCGCCGGGGCCAGCUCCGUCGCCGCCGGUUAACUUUAUCCCAGGUCACCACCGUCCAUCAACUAGGGGCGCAAUACCUUUCACGAGCGGAAGUAUUUUCGACCCUGACAGGUCUCGAUCCCGGGAUUCUCCCGUUGGCAAUGGUCGCCAGAAGUACCAGUAG